GUUCAAGUGAAAAGGCAUUCAAAUCUCGACGGUGCCACCGGAGAGAUCAAAGCCUACAAACCCAGAAUCUUUUACUAGAGCCAAAGUUCUUAAACAGUGAGAGCAAAAAGAAAAAAGAGAGGUGCGUGCGGCGGCGAUGAUGUCCGGAGGCGGUGCUGGCGGAGUGGAGUGGCACGUUAGGCCACCGAAUCCAAAAAAUCCAAUCGUAUUUUUCGAUAUAACCAUAGGUUCUAUCCCCGCCGGUCGUAUCAAAAUGGAACUCUUCGCUGAUAUUGCCCCUAAAACCGCCGAAAAUUUCCGGCAGCUAUGCACUGGCGAAUACAGGAAAGCUGGGUUGCCUGUUGGUUAUAAGGGUUGCCAAUUUCAUAGGGUUAUUAAAGAUUUUAUGAUUCAAGCUGGAGAUUUCCUCAAGGGUGAUGGCAGUGGAUGUACUUCCAUUUAUGGGCUCAAAUUUGACGAUGAAAAUUUCAUUGCCAAACACACUGGUCCUGGUUUGCUAUCAAUGGCAAACAGUGGACCGAACACCAAUGGUUGUCAGUUUUUUAUCACAUGUGCAAAAUGCGAGUGGCUUGAUAAUAAGCAUGUUGUAUUUGGGAGGGUGCUCGGAGAUAGUCUUCUUGUUGUUCGGAAGAUUGAGAAUGUGGCUACAGGACCGAACAAUAGGCCAAAACUACCAUGCAUUAUAGCCGAGUGCGGGGAAAUGUAAACGUGUUCUGAAGACUAACCACAAAUGUUUUAAAAACCAUUUUAGAGUUAAUUUCCUCUAGAUAUGUUGACUUUUUAUACUGGGGUUCUUUUCCCCCUUUGGCUCGAAAUAUUUGAUUACCAAUAUAUUGCUGGCAUUGGAGGUUUGAUGAAUGUUCGUAUAAUAAUGUUAAAUGCUUGAUUUGAAUGAGAUUUUAAGUAGGCAGUGGACAUGAUUGGAUUA